CCUUUCCACUCACCCCCUUUACUUCAAACCAAAACAACUCGCUCAAAUGCUUAAAUUCGCGGAUCAAUGUCGGGGCUUCUUGAUAAUGUUUUGCUGAAGUCAGCUUUAGCCGCUUCACCAUAGCAUCUCGAUUUAUAAUAUGAAUACAUGGAAGGUCAUACAACGAAAAAUAUACGACCUUCUGUCUCACAAGUAUUUUCUUUUAGUGCUAUUUCCCUGUCUUGCUUUGACGGUUCUUGUGUUAUCUCUAAUCCAAGCUGGAGAGGUUUGGAAUAUAUGGUUGGAGAACAGGCAACAUGGGAGCCACACAUCAAAUUUAGUGAGAUCUUGUUCAGAUGGGAUAGAGAUUGAUGUAGUUUAUACAUGGGUAAAUGGAUCAGAUCCCUUUCUUAUUGAUGACCUCAAAGUGUACAAAGAUGAAAAUGAGGAAAUUGAGCGAUGGGCUGUCUGUCCUUACCCAGACUGUGAACCUUCACACAUUGUUCUGUACAGAAGCUGUGAUCAAAUAUCGGGGCAACUGGUUGACCGGUUACCAGCAAAACACAAAAUAGAAACUGGUCCAACUUCCUUAAAUCUAGCUUCUGCUUCACUUUGUAAAAAUGAUACUUCAAAUCUUAUCUACUUUUCAACGAUAGAAGAUGCUUCAAAAGUGCUCUCACUGAAAAGAGUGAAUGGAACUCUCUCUCAAGGCUUCUGGACAACAGAACAUAAACUCAAAGACAGUCUGCCAGCUCCAGAAUGGAUCCGCCUGUCUGGAUUGGUACCCAAAUUCUUUUCUUUGCCUGUUAAUGUUAUGAAAAAAAUGCUAUCGAAACACAUUCAUUUUAGUAUUUUAGAAAUUUGGCCAAAUGCUGAGCAUAGUUUUGUCAUUCUCAAGCUACCAUCAUCUCAAGCAGUUGAUCAAAUUCUACUGAAAUCAAGAGUGUUAAGCCUAGCAGGCGAUUUAGUGGUAGUUUCCAGAAUAUCAGUAGUUUUCAAUACUCCUCUAAAAAGUCGAUUUGAUCACUAUGCACCCUCAAGAUUUGAAGACAAAGAAGAAUUACGAUACUCUUUGCGGUCUCUUGAAAAACAUGCUCCAUGGAUUCGCCAUGUGUAUCUUGUCACUAAUGGACAAAUACCUCAUUGGCUUGAUUUGGACAAUCCUCGAAUUACAUUGGUUACCCAUAAAGAUAUUUUCCCCAAUCAGAGCCAUCUUCCAACUUUCAGUAGUCCAGCCAUUGAGUCGCAUUUGCACAGAAUAAGAGGCCUUUCAAGCAAGUUUCUGUAUUUAAAUGAUGAUAUCAUGUUCACCCAAAAUGUGUGGCCUGAGGAUUUUUUCACAAAUUCCAAAGGAUAUAAGGUGUAUCUUUCCUGGCCGGUUCCAGACUGCAGCCCAACCUGUUUGUGGUCGUGGGUAGCUGAUGGCUCCUGUGACUCCGAAUGUAAUGUUGUAGAAUGUGGUUUUGACGGAGGGGACUGCAAUGAAACUGAUAGCUCACCAAAUUCAUUGAAGCUCCGAAUGCCAAGAGAUGAAUUCUCAGUAUAUGAUGAUCUAUAUGACUUAGGUUUUGAAAACACUGAUCAAUUAUUGAGGGAUAUGGCAGAUACAAACUUUAACAAUUUGCAACCUCCACCUCCUGGAUUUUCCCAAGAUGAUUUAAAGGGUAGGCUGAAAAAGGCUGCGUUGGAAAUUAAAGAAGAGGAUGAUCACUUGAUAAAGCCUCGUGAGCCCUUUGGGGACUAUGACAAUAUGAAUUAUGGGGUACGUCAGAAGAGAGCUGCUGUGAAGAAAAAUUUGGGAAGCCAUAGUUAUCGAGAAAGCAGCAUGAUUGCAGGCCAAGCAGCAGAUUUCCCAGGCGCAGUGACAAUUUCUGAAAGUGAAAUUAAUGAAGCCCUCCUCAAUGCCAAAAAACCUAAAGAAGCUGAACGACCCCGCCACCGAUCCCCAUUCCCUCAAAUGGAAAUGAACGAAACUCUCAUUUUUAGAAGUGGAAACUUUCAAGAGAAUGGAAUAGAACAGAUUGUUGUUGACCAUGGACAAAACGCCUCAUUUAUAGAAAAUGGGACUGAGCGCAAACCAAGACCAUCAUUUAAAGGCGGCUUUUGGAAUCAAAAGUUGAUGAGAAACAGUAGCUUUAAUCAGCCUUCAAACUUAAUUGCAGGUAAACAUAGAACAGGCCCCAUUACAGCGAAAGUGCAUAGCAGUGUUGUUGUGAAUGCAAGCACACCUAAAGUUUUACCCAAGAGAGGGAAUGGUGGCAAAGGUUACUCUCAAGUAUAUAAUUUAACCAGGGCAAAGCAACUUCUCCACAGCCAAAUGGAACAUGACCUGAAUGAGUCUGCAGAUCAAACAUUAAUGGAGAAAGAGAAUCAAAGGCAAAUAUGGUAUGGAAAAUCAAAGCAUCGGAUUCUCGAUUCUUUUGCAGAAAGCCUUUUAUACGUCAAUAUGAUGUAUAAUAAAGAAUAUGGAUUUGAAACAAGACGCGUGCCUGCUCAUGCCCCUCAUCUAAUUGAAAAACACAUCAUGAGCGAACUUCAGGAGCGAUUUCCAAGAGAAUGGGAUGAAACUUCGUCUCACAAAUUGCGAAGUCCAGUGGAUAUGCAGUUUGCAUUUUCAUAUUUUUAUUUCCUUAUGAGUGAAGAGGUAGAUGUCACUGUUGAGGAACUCUUCAAAUCUUAUGAUACAGAUCAAUCUGGGACAUGGUCUGAUAGAGAAAUUCGCACUCUGAUGACAAGGUUGUACCCAGCACCUUUAAAUCCUCAUCACCUCUUACAAUUUGAAGAUUUUGUGCUUAAUUGUGCGCGGAAAAUGCCAUCCACAGAAGCUACACCCACAAAUGUUCUUACACCAAUGUAUGAAAGAUACCAAGAUUCACCCCUUCCAACUGUUACAUGGGAAUUGGUAAACAGUUGCUCUGAAUUAAAAAAGAUCAUGUUAACAAACCUAGGGAAGAGAAAGAAAUAUUCUUAUGAAGUGGUGAGAGAAUGGAGUAAAGAUGUUACUUUUAAGAUGCUUCAUUCCAAUGUGUCACAUCUUGUUGGUCAUUUGGAUGACAUUCGCCGAAACCCAAAGAAAUUUGUCUGUUUAAAUGACAAUUUAGAUCCAAAGCAAGAAGAUGAGAAUGCUAUGGUUCGCGCUGUUUUGCGGGACUUUUAUCAUUCUUUUUUCCCUUUGCCCUCUCAAUUUGAGCUUCCUCUUGAUAUGCGCAAUCGUUUUCUGCAUGUGUCAGAAUUAGAGGGAUGGAAAGAAAGCAGAGCUAAAUUACGAGUUGCUGCCAUUCUUGCUGUCAUUACUCUGUGUCUUCUCACUUUUGCAGUGGUUUGUCCAGAUGAGCUUCGCCAUUAUAGCCGACGAAUAUUUGAGUUGUCUUUCUGUCUUCAACGGCGACGUAUAAGUAGAACCAGGUGUAAAAGUCGCAGCCCUGUGCGUACACCAAGCGGUUCACGCUCUGUCUGAAAUCCUACAACAUGUCAAGAUUGGAUGGAUGCUACCUCCAUUACCUCUCCAGUUGUGAGAGGUAACAAUAACUCUUCAUCAUUGAACAUGCAUUUUUAAAAUUGCUGUUUUUUUUGUUGUUUUUUUAUAAAUUGAAACAUUUAACUGUUGUUAAUGUGUAGGCCUUAGAAGUAUAUUUUGUACCCGUUUAAAAAUAAUAUCAAAGCAGGUUUUAAAAAGUAAAUUGUCUUAACUAAUUGAUAUUUUUAUCAAGUUCUUGUGAUAUGUCAUUUUGGUGAGUAGCUCCGGCAGUUUGUAAUAGUGGGUCCCGCCUAUAGCGUUGCGGCUGUCUUGCACAGUUUAACAACGUUUUAAACGCGAAACGUUUUAAGCGGUAAAAGGAUAAACGCGAUUUUUGACUCGAGAAUUCAGUUUUACAACGUUAUAUUCAGGAAACGUUACAUGCGGGUAACGUUAUGAGCGGGAUCCACUAUAUGCAUUCUUCUGAUUUGUGGGAAGUGGGAGCUGAAUGUCUUCUCCACUUCCAGCAACUAAAGAUAUGAUGCUCUUUCUUUUCGAGUAAUUGUCUUUAGGUUUCUUCUUAGUUUUAAAAUAAUCUGGUCUGAAUUGCAUUUAUUUCUAAUUAUUUGACUUGCUUCAAAACGAUUACCGUUUAUCAUCUAAGCCAUCCAUUUGAAUAAUGUUUUAAUUGCUCACCAGUUUGUGAUAUGAAAUGUUGUCUUUCUGUCUUGGUUUCUUCUGGUCUCAUCUAAUUCUGGUUUUAAAGCUAAGGGUAUUGAUACUCUUUGCAGGGAUAGGCUUAGUAUGAACUUUUUGAGCAUCUUAUGGUUUCUUCUUCAUAUCAGUAUCAUACAUUUCAAUUAUUAUAAUGUAACCCUUUAUUUUUGUUGUUAUGCGGAAAAUCUUUUUGUGAUCUUUUAAUUAAGAAAAAGUUGCUAAUCUUGUUUCUCUGAACAAAAAAAAAAGCAAUAGCCAUUCUAUUUGAAAUUCUGAAAUUCCUUAAUGUGAAUUGACGAUGGAUGAAUGUUAUUGUAAGAAGCUCUUUCUGCUGUAACUGAUGUAUCUGAAGACUGAAUCAAAAUUCAGGGCACAGACUAAAAAUUCUCUUUUAUACACUGUCAGUUGUGAAUGUUCCUAUUGUAUUGUUUUUAGCUAUUACACGGUUCUUUUCAUGCAUGAUCAGGGAACUGUCGAAGUGUCCAAUCUGUGAUAAAUGUGGCCCUGCUCAACAACAUAGUCAACAUUUCUCUUCUUUCUUCCAAAUUGUCUGACUUGAAAUGAAACUCAAGUUAGUGGCUCGCUCCUUAGUCAUUGCAUUUCUCAUUACAUAAUUAAAGGGUGAAGUUCUCUAUAUUUUGUCUAGUAUGAAUCAGCUUCUGCUUUCUUAAAUUUUGUUUUACAUGUGUAGUAUGCUUUGCGUGUAUAUUCAAGAUCUGAAUUAACUGAAUAGGGCGUUUUCAGUUGUCAUGGUUCUUUAUGAAAGCCAUUAUUGAUACUAGUCUUACUGUAUAUUGUUGUUAAAUUCUAGUUUAGUCAUGGAAACAAUUUAUGUGCUUUUGAACAACGCAAACCAAAGCUUUAUUUUAAUAAUUUUUUUAUCUUUAGUUUUUUACCUUAUUGCUGUGCCACCCUUUGGUGUAUAUGGUUCCUAGUCACCAGAUUGCCCAUCCUACAAGUGGAAUGUUUUUGAUUCCUUGAAAGCCUACAAUUAACUGUAGGUGAGAAGCAUCGAAGUGCAUCCUCAUUGCUUGUAACAAAGGAAAUAAAAGAAAAUAGAGGAACUGUGAGUUCAA